AUGUCUGAUCAGGUCCAACAAGACGAAGCUAUGGAUGUUUCAGCGACAUCUGAAGGCGCCGAAAAUCAGGUAAGAGUUUGAGUUUGUUUUUAAUUUUUAGAUACGAUUACUUCUUGGAGUUUUAGUAGCCUUUAGUCUGAAGAAUGUUAUAUAAUGUUUAUUUUUACACGAAACUUUAGUUUAUCUUUGAUUUUUAUAUAUUUUAUUUUAGUCUUUUCAGGCUCCAGUCAAAUCAGAAUCACAGACGCCUCAAGAACCCACUCCACCCGAGAAAGCAGAAGAGUCUUCAGCAGAAAAGCAGAAUGUAGGCUCUCUAGCACCAUCCUCAUCUACUCCUGGGUCAAAGGACACUAAAGAUACCUCAGGACCUCCAUCAGCGCCUAACUAUCAUUGUGCCUUCACUUUGAACGGUCAUUCCAAAGCUGUAGCUUCUGUUAAGUUCAGUCACGAUGGUAACUUGGUUGCAUCGGCUUCUGCUGAUAAAACUGUCAGACUUUGGAAUCCUUUAGAUGGUAAAAGUGAAAGAGUGAUAAGCGGCCAUAAACUUGGCAUAUCAGAUUGUUGUUGGUCGUACGAUUCCAGACUUAUUGCUACCUGUUCUGAUGACAAGUUUUUGAAACUUUUUGAUGUUGCUUCUGUAAGUUUUUUGGAGGUUGUUGGAUAAAAUCAUAUUGUUAUUUCUUCUUUAACGUAAACAUUAUAUUUAUAUCUAUCUUUAAUAUUUGCAGGGAAAAUGCAUAAAAACCAUGAGAGGACAUCAAAAUUACGUCUUCUGCUGUAAUUUCAAUCCUCAAUCUAAUCUUUUGGUAUCUGGAUCGUUUGAUGAGACGGUCAGAAUCUGGGAUGUUCGAUCUGGGGCUUGUAUCAAAACAUUGCCAGCUCAUUCAGAUCCUGUUAGUGCUGUCAGCUUUAACAGAGAUGGUGGCAUGAUAGCGACGAGUUCAUAUGAUGGUCUAGUCAGAAUUUGGGAUACUUCUAACGGACAAUGCUUGAAAACUCUCGUCGGUAUGUCAUUUUACUUUCUUUGACUUUUAGGUAACUCAUAAGCAUGAACUACGGGUUUUUCAUCAUGUUGGUGAUCUACUAACAAUACUUUUGGUUCAUAUAAAUAGAUAAAAGCUUUAUAAUAAUGGAAUUAAAGUUAUUUUAUUGUUUUAGAUGAUGAAAACCCUCCAGUAUCAUUUGUCAAGUUCUCUCCUAACGGGAAGUAUCUUCUGGCCGCCACUUUGGAUUCACAGAUCAAAUUGUGGGAUUAUAACAAGGGAAAGUCGCUCAAGAGUUAUUCUGGGCACAAAAACGACAAGUAUUGUGUCUUUGCCAACUUUUCUGUCACCGGUGGAAAGGUAAGGCUCUACUAUAAUAUUAUCGCGUUUUUUUUUAAAAUACGAUAAUUUUUUAUUUUAGAAAUAAUUUUUGAUUUCUUACUAAUAAUAUCAUUUUAGUGGAUUGUAAGUGGCUCGGAAGACAAUUGCAUAUACUUAUGGAACUUACAAACUCGUGAAAUUGUUCAGAAACUCACAGGACAUACCGGUAUGUUAUUCUACAUUAUCAUUUUUAGAAAGUUUUAAAAAAUUAUUUUUUCUUCAAUUUUUGCCGUUCAUCUACUGAAAUUUUACCAAAUGUUUUUCAGAUAUUGUACUCUCGACUGACUGCCAUCCCAAGGAAAACAUGAUCGCGUCCGGUGGUUUGGAACAAGACCGUUCAGUAAAGAUCUGGGUCAGCGACUUUUAA